UCCUCACCAACAGGUGUCCCCAUAGUUUUCUCGACCGCCACAAGUCGAUCACCUCGUGUCCCCCGGAAGUGAAGCCACGAGCGGACAUCCGGCAGCAGCACACGUGAAACCCGAAAAAGCAAAAUAAGACAGACCGCUGACACGAGAUGGACAUCACAGAAGUCCAAGUAAGUCAGGACAACACCGGGAAGAAGAAGAACAAAAAGACACCAAAGAAGAAGAGGAAUGGAAAUGGAGAAGGGAGCGCAGCGCAGAGGAAGGUGGAGGAAGAGGAGGAUGAGAAGAAGAUGGAGAAGAGCGAGGAAGCCUUUCCCCCCACCUUCAGUGUGUCUGAAAUCAAGAACAAGCAGAGGAGACACUUCAUGUUCAUGAAGCUGAAGCAGGAGAAGAGGAAGCAAAAGAUGCAACUGAAGAAAAAGAAGAAAAAAGAAAGGGAGGCUCUCGGUGACAAGGCACCACCUAAAGAAGUCCCGAAGACGAUAGAAAACCAGCGGGUGUACGACGAGACAACAGUUGACCCAGAGGAUGAAGAGGUCGCAUUUGACGAAGGAACUGAUGAGUUUUCUGCUUAUUUCAACGGGCUCACAAAUCCCAAAGUGCUCAUCACAACAUCAGACAGACCCAGAGGGAGGACGGUGAAGUUUUGCGAGCAGCUGGCCACAGUGAUCCCUAACGCCCACGUGUACUACAGACGAGGUUUGGCCCUGAAGAGGGUCAUUCCACAGUGCAUCGCCAGGAACUUCACCUACCUCAUGGUCGUCAACGAGGAUCGCAAAAUGCCGAACGGUUUGGUUCUCUGUCACCUUCCUGACGGGCCGACUGCACACUUCAAGGUCAGCAGUGUUCGACUUCGGAAGGAGAUAAAGAGACGAGGUAAAGACCCCACCGAACACUCACCAGAGGUGAUCCUCAACAACUUCUCCACGCGCCUCGGUCACAGCAUCGGCCGGCUGUUCGCUGCUCUCUUUCCUCAGGACCCCCAGUUCAUAGGUCGACAGGCGGCCACCUUCCACAACCAGAGAGACUUCAUCUUUUUCAGAUUCCACAGGUACAUCUUCAAGAAUGAGAAGAAAGUUGGCAUUCAGGAGCUGGGACCACGCUUCACCCUCAAACUGCGCUCUCUACAGAAAGGCACCUUUGACUCAAAGUUUGGAGAGUAUGAGUGGGUCCUGAAGCGUCACGAGAUGGAUGCCUGCAGACGGAAGUUCCAGCUUUGAGUACAUGAGAUGGAUUCAGUUAUUAAGAUACUGCAGUGGAUUUACACAAACUGACUUUAUAGCUGAUGCCCCAGAUGCUUUGAGGAGGACCAGGCUUACUUCCUGAUUACAUCUUGAGUCUUCUUGAAUAUCGAUUUCUCUGAAGGUGCACCUGCAAAGACUUUUGGAAACUAAAUAUGAGACAAGAACCUGUCGCGAAUGGCGAGGACCUUCACCCUGUCUGUUGUUGGACGCCAGAGAGGAGACACGCAGUCGCCCCAUUAAUCUGAAACCUCUGACCUGCAUGUUCAUGUGGAUGUUGUGUUGUGUUCAAUUCCUAUGAAAUGUUUCUUCACAAGCUGUUUGAAAGUGGCCACAAUGAAACAGUAACAAAUGGAACAUAUUUCUAAAUAUGUGUAUACUUUUAAUAAAACUUUCAACUAUG